AACAAAUCCUUUUCCUUCCCAUCGCCGACUCGAUCUCUCCAUCCUCUCCCCGACGACUCUCCUUCCUCUCCUCCCUCCAGCUCGUCCCACCUCACCUAGGGUUUCGACUCCCAGCUCACCGCCGUCGCCAUGGACGACAACUUCUUCGACGAGGACGGCGAGGCGCUCAUGGACCCCGACGCGCGGGACCCGUCCCCCGAGCCGCAGCCCUACGAAGACCUCGACGACGACCUGGGCGACGACUGGGCCCGCGAGCGCUCCCCGACCCCUGCCCACGGCGGCGACGGCGGGGCGGGGUCCUCCAAGCCCCGGAAGCGCCUUCUCAAGAAGGGCGGCGGCGGCGGCGGCAUGCCUGGCGACGACGGGCUGGAGGACUUUGGGUUGGAGGACGCGGACGCGGACCCCGCGGCGGAGGCGAAGAAGAGGAAGGGCUCGUCGGCGCUGAGGGACCUCGCGAGGGGCGGGGCGGGCAAGGAGAAGAAGGAGAAGAAGAGGAGGAGGGAGGACGACGGGAGGGGGAGGGACAGUGGGAUGGCCAGGGAGAAGCGGGGGUCAGGAGGGAGGGGCUCUGGCGGUGGGGAGGACCAGGAUGAUGGAGAAAGGGAGAUCCAGGAGCUCUGGGAUACCAUUGCGGGUGGUGACUCAGAGGAUGACCAAGAAGGCGUUAGAACUGUAGAUGAUGAUAAUUUCAUUGAUGACACUGGGGUUGAUCCAGCUGAUCGUUAUGGCAGUGAUAAUGAGCGGCAUUCUCCUGGACGUUAUGCACAGGCUGAGGAGGGUGAGGAGGACGAUGAAAUUGAGCGACUCUUCAAGGGUAAUAAAAAGAAGAAGAAGAAUGAUCGCCCACGUGCAGAUAUUGGUCUGAUAGUGGAACAAUUCAUUGCUGAGUUCGAGGUAGCAGCUGAAGAAGAUGCGAACUUGAAUAGGCAGUCAAAACCAGCCAUUAACAAACUUAUGAAGCUUCCACUGCUCAUAGAUGUUCUCUCCAAGAAGAAUCUUCAGCAGGAAUUUCUUGAUCAUGGAGUUCUCACUCUUCUAAAAAAUUGGCUCGAGCCAUUGCCAGAUGGAAGCAUGCCAAACAUGAAUAUUCGAUCUGCUGUGCUUAAAUUAUUAACUGAUUUUCCAAUUGACUUGGAGCAAUAUGACAGAAGAGAGCAGCUUAAGAAAAGUGGUCUGGGAAAGGUCAUUAUGUUUUUGUCCAAAUCUGAUGAAGAGACUACUGCAAAUAGGAAACUGGCUAAGGAGUUGGUUGACAAAUGGAGUCGUCCAAUAUUCAACAAGAGCACAAGAUUUGAGGAUAUGAGGAGAUAUGACGAUGAAAGAGCGCCUUACAGGCGGCCACAAAUGAAGAAGCCUUCGUCAAGUAUCUCUGGAAUGGAAUCUAGAGAUGAUGAUAUUGAUGCUGACUUCUCACAACGCAAGUCUGGGCAAAGUAGUUCAAGGCAGCACGCUUCAAGGCCAGAAGCCUCGCCUUUGGACUUUGUCAUUCGUCCACAGUCCAAAAUUGAUCCUGAGCAGAUACGGGCUCGUGCUAAGCAGGCUGUCCAAGAUCAGCGCAGGCUGAAGAUGAACAAGAAAUUGCAGCAGCUGAAAGCGCCCAAGAAGAAAAACCUUCAGGCGUCAAAGCUCAGUGUGGAAGGCCGUGGGAUGAUCAAAUACCUGUAGGCCAUCCGCUCUGGCAUCCGCAGCCAGCAACUCCCCCUGCGCAUGACUGAUUGUGCCUGCAGGGAUCACUGAGCUAGUAUCACCCUACCACCAGUUGGGGGCCAAUAGCUCGGCGCUCAAUAAUUGCUUGGAUCUUUUAUCCAAGUAUUUUUCUUGCCUGGUAGGGGGCAGCAGAUGGGCUUCAGAAACUCGAUGAUCUGGGCAGUAUUCAUUGUGGAGGGCUUAUACUAUGGUGUGCAUGAAUAUAGCAUUUUUCAAGGAGAGUGGUGCCUCUAUACUGUAUAAAUGUUCUGUCAAGCUUAUAAGUUAACUGGAUCCGAUCAGCUGUAUGUUGAGUUGGAUUAAAUUUUUUAUUUGUUUGUACUUGAAGAAACGUUAUAUCUUAUGAAAUCAAAGCAUUGUGCGAUAACUGGUUAA